AUGACCCGCGUCGUUCGUUCUAUCCUCAGCGGCCAGUUGGGUCUCCGCCAGUAUGGCCCUCAGAUGACCGCAGUCGCCGUCAGAUAUGAUGGGUCUGGAGGCGCGGUCAACUGGGCAUCGUCCGAAGCCUACAUCCGGGAUCCAAAACUCCAGCUUCGUCCAGGACCGGAUAGUGUUGACUUCACGGCGGCAAAUGAUGGACAACAGCUAUGCUUAGAGAAGCCAAGCCGCCCAAGGACUCUUCUCAGUCUACCUGAGGAGGUGCUUAACACGAUAGCUGAGCUUGUCAUGAGAAACGAUGAUAUGAUACUGGACCUGAACAAAGACACCAGCCUCACACAAGGAUUUGCACACGUCAACAAGAAACUGUACAGAAACUGGCGAUAUAUGUUCUUUCGUGAACAGAAACAUACGCUGCUCAUCUCCACCAGUAAUAGUCGUAGCACCUUCUCAAAUUUCGACAAGCUCCGCCCUGUACUGCGGAAGGUGUUUCAACUGGACUGCUGUCCUUCAGGAGAAGUAUCGGAUUGCUAUCUAGGCUACGACAACGAACUGGUCGAGAUUGUAAUUGAAUUCAGGCUGGACCAUAGCAUCUCGUUAGCCGAACUCAAGUUUAGUUGCUUACCAUUAGUCAUGGAGACAGCUGGCUUUAAUGAUCAAGACAGCCUUAUUGUUCGCCCGCGGGCUCUCGGUAGCGACAAAGUAGUUGAAGAGAUUCGCAUCCAGUUCCAAGAUCUACGCUUGAAAGUCGUCAAAGCGUUGAUGGAUGUCAUCUUCCUGGCUCAGAACAGGUGCGAACCUGAGAUUUGGAUCAACGGCCUCGGCGAGGUAGUCGAAGUAACCUCCAAAUCCUACCAAGAGUAUCCCCAAGACGAUAUACCGGACACAGCGACUGAAUUAACGCUGGUUGAAGGAACGGAGAAAAGGAUUCUGUCUAUCGUCUAUGCGCCGACCACAGCCAGUGUAUCACCGAAACCGCUCACUCGGGCACAGGAAACUAUGGACGUGAUGGUCUAUCAUAAGCCCACCCGCUGGUGA